GAGAAAGGAAAGAUGAAGGGUGUUUGGGGAGGGGCUUCAUUUAGCCUUUAUUUAUGAAGUGCUGGUGAUUCACAGGCUCCAGUAAACUUCUGUCUGUAUUUGACUGCUUGUUGAAGCUCUUUACCAUCACGGCACUCUACAAAGAUCAUCCGUAAACUUCAGAAAUCAAGCUAAAGCAGAGGUGACAAUGAAGUUUGAGAGCAUUCUGGAAGAGACAAAUGGGUUUGGGCGAUAUCAGAUUGCACUGGUCUUGCUGAUGUUUAUACCCCGAAUGACAAUCCCAUGUCACUUCCUGCUGAACAACUUCAUAGCCGCCAUCCCAUCUCACCAUUGUAACAUCAGCUCUCUGGGCUCUGAGGGAAUCUUUGGAAAUCUAAGUGAAGAUGAGAAACUGACUGUCAGUAUUCCAGCUCAAGAUGAUGGGACUCCUGCUUCCUGUCACAUGUUCUCUUAUCCUCAGUUUCAUCUGUUAACAAACUCCUCCAGCCCCUCAGAGGUUGCUGUAGUCCAGUGCCAGAAUGGAUGGGAGUAUGACAACAGCACGUUCAUCAGCACUCUCGCCACAGAGUUUGAUUUAGUUUGUGAGAAGAGGGGACUGGCCAAAACAUCAGCCACCAUAUUUUUUGUUGGCGUCAUGGCUGGAGCUGUGUUCUUUGGAAUGCUCUGUGACAGGUAUGGUCGUAGGAGUAUGCUGCUGGUGUCUUAUGUGUCCUCUAUAGUGUUUAGCACUCUUAGUGCUUUCUCAAGCACCUACAUCAUGUUUGCUGCCUUCCGUUUCUUGUCUGGAUUCGCACUGACGGGAAUCAUCAACAUAUCAGUUGUUCUGAGUAUUGAGUGGGUAGACACUAAACACCGUACAUUUAUCGGUGUGUUUGGCAGUAUUUCCUGGAGUUUAGGCAACAUGCUGCUGGCUGGUUUUGCCUAUAUGGCCACUGAUUGGAGGAUGCUGAUUAUUACUGUCACUUCUCCUCUUCUUAUUGCUACAGCCACUUGGUGGUGGAUCCCUGAAUCAGCACGGUGGCUAAUAGCCAACGGAAAGUCAGAAACAGCAUACAAGUAUCUGCAAAAAUGUGCUACUUUUAACGGGAAACAAGACUUUACAUCUAGAGUUAAACCAGAGUCUUUGUCCACUGUUGCAACUGUGGAACACCAGGGCUACACUUAUUUAGACCUGUUCAAAACCCCACAGCUGAGGAGACUCACACUUUUCACCGGCAUAGUGUGGUAUGGAGUUGCUUCUACAUACUACGGCCUCAGCUUAAACAUCACCGGAUUUGGGCUUGACCUUUACUUGACACACUUCAUUUAUGCGGCCAUAGAAAUACCAGCAAAAAUCCUCAUCUACUUUAGUCUCAAUAGGCUCGGCCGUAAAAUCAAUCAGACAGGGACACUGGUGCUCACUGGAUUCUGCAUACUCAUCAACAUCGUCACACCUACAGAAUACUGGACGUUUCGCACUGUGAUCGCUGUGUUGGGUAAAGGACUUUCAGAGGCUUCAUUCACAACUGUGUUCUUAUACACCACUGAGCUGUUUCCAACAGUCAUGAGGCAGAAUGGACUCGGCUAUGCCAGUUUUAUGGCACGUUUGGGAGCAUCAGUUUCUCCUCUUAUCAUGCUCUUAGAAGACAUGUGGAAGCUUCUCCCAGAGGUCAUUUUCUGCACGGUGGCCAUCUUCUCUGGUCUUAUCGCUUGGCUUCUCCCUGAAACCAACAACACAAGAUUGCCAGAAACCAUAGAAGACAUUGAAGAGAUGAGAAAGACAGAAAACAAGGAUAUGCUAAUCACCUUACAAGCACAAAAAGACAUCCACCCAUAUUGACAACUUUUAUGAGCAGUACUCAACAUCAGAUCUUGUAUUAAGUACAACCUGAAUUCCGGAAACCCUCGGACAGCACUGCUUCACUCAUCGGCAUGAUUCUGUCAUUGACAUUACUAAUUGGGCCCAAGAAAAAUACUUCCAGAUGCCACUGUCAGUAAACACAUCUUGCAGAUGCCAACUAAAGCUCUAUCAUUCAAAAAGGAAGCCAUACAGUGUUUGAACACGUCCAAGAAGAACAGUCGUGGACUGUUUCAAAGUGUAAAAGUGUUCUAAGGUCAGGCAAGUCCAAAUAUGACAUUCCUGUAGGAAAUCAUGGACGCCGUGUCAGCUCGGCUAAAGAGGAGAGAGACAAUCCAGCAUGUUAUCGGUGUUUCAAAAGCCAUCAUCUCUGAUGGUAUGGAGGUACAUAAGUACAUACGGUAUAGGCAGCUUGCAUGUUUUGGAAUGCGCAAUGAAUCAGUUAUUUAAAGGUUUUAUUGCAACAUUAUCCCCUCCAGAUGACGUCUAUUUAAGGGAAGGCCUUGUGUAUUUCAGCAGGACAAUGCAAAACCAUGUACUGCAGCUAUUACAAUGUUAUAUGUUCUUUUCUGAAUAAAAUAUUGGCUCAUGUCAUUUGAAAUUCUAGUUUUCAUUUUAUUUAAAUUUAAAGAUGUCCCAAGAUUUACAGAAUUCUGGUUGUAUAUAACUAAUAAAACACUUGAGUCAUGGA